AUGUCCUCCUCCAUCAAAAUUGAAUCUGUUGUGAAGGAGAAGACCAGGAUGGGAGAGUGCCCGGUUUGGGAAGAAAGGGAGAGCGCACUCGUCUAUGUAGACAUUAACUCACAGAAAGUUUGCCGCUGGAGCACACUCACCAACGAGGUGCAGAGCGUGUCUGUGGAUGCCCGUGUUGGCUCGGUGGCACUGCGACAGUGCGGGGGCUACGUCAUAGCCCUGGGGACCAGGUUUGCCUUUCUGGACUGGGACACCCAGGUGGUCACCACCAUCCUCGAGCUCGAGCAGGAUAAACCAAACAACCGGUUCAAUGAUGGGAAAGUGGAUCCAAAGGGGAGGUUUUUUGCUGGUACGAUGGCUGAAGAGACAGCACCAGGGGUCCGAGCGAGGCGGCAAGGCGCUCUCUAUACCCUUUUCCCUGACCAUUCAGUAAUAAAACAGUUAGACCACGUGGACAUCUCCAAUGGUCUGGAUUGGUCCCUGGACCACAGGACCUUCUUUCACAUCGACAGCCUGGCAUACGCUGUGCAUGCCUUCAGCUAUGAUGUGCACACUGGAAUGAUCGCCUGCCCCAGACUUUUGUACCAUCUAGAAAAGGAGGAGCAAAUGCCUGACGGGAUGUGCAUAGACGCAGAAGGGAAGCUCUGGGUGGCCUGUAUUGAUGGCGGGAGAGUCAUUCGUAUAGACCCAGAGACAGGAAAAAGAAUCCAAACUGUGAUGCUGCCUACUCCAAGGAUCACCUCUUGCUGCUUUGGUGGAAAAGACUACUCAGAAAUGUAUGUGACUUCUGCGUACGAUGGACUGGAUGAGACCACCUUAGCCAAGGAACCUCAUGCGGGAGAAAUUUUCAAGAUAACAGGUCUGGGUGUGAAAGGGAUCCCACAGAAUUUCUUUGCUGCUUGAACAUUGACACAACAAAGAAGAAAUGUUUGCAUCUUGUAGUAACUCUGACAAGGAGAAGUCCAAUGAACUACAGAAUUUUUCUGUGUGAGGAUUUUGAAACCUACAUUUGAGAGUGUGCUUGUUUGGAACUGGAGAUAUUCCUUCUUCUGUGGGCCCAUUGCUUGAUGGAAUAGGUUAGAGAUGUAAAGUUAAUCUGUGUUACACCUUGAGAGCUUUUGUAAUUUUCCAUAAAACUCUUCAAACUUGAGGUUAGUUUUGUUGAACUUUCUGAUGACCAGCUCUGGAUUUUCAAGUCUGUGUGGUACCCAAGGCAGAAUCUGACUCCUGGUUUAUCUUCUCAUGUUUCAGUGAUGUACCAGCAACAAUAUGGUAGAUUUUAAUAAAUAUUUUAAUAGUGGUGACUUGAA